ACAAGAAGAAAAGUGCUGUAAAUAGGAAGGAAGCUAGCUCACUUGUAACCUGGAAUAUAAUAGACCGCUUCUUUCAUUGACUUUGCCAAGAUAAGUGCCAAACCUUUUUAAUUACCAAGGUUGACGAACUGAUAUAUGGAGUGGGAAAAAGCAACAGGUGCUUUUUGACCAGCCGAGUCAUAUUUUGCUCCUAUCAUUUAGAUUAUUUCAGACAUAUUUCACCAGGCAAGCUAGUAACCUCAGACGUUAGGAAGACUCGGAAAUCAAGAAUGGCAUCGGUUAUAGUUCUGUGCUGUACCCGAAAAAUUCUGAUGUUUUUGCUGCCUUGGCUGCUUGUUCCGUCAAACAUCCUUGUGGGCGUCAAACCUGCAAAGAUCAGUCCUCUGGCAAACCAUUGCCCAAGAACCACUAGUAAUUAUACGCAAGGAAGCAAUUUUCAGUCAAAUCUUAACCGCUUGCUGUAUAGAUCACUGUACAAUAACGGUGGCAAUUCCAUCUAUGCAAAAGCCAGUGAAGGAGAAGACCCUGAUAAAGUUCAUGGAGUAUUCCUCUGUAGAGGAGACGUUGCACCUAAAGACUGCCAAAACUGCAUAGAUGUGGCAACUGAGCAGAUCUUGCGGGUGUGUGCUUUCAAGAAACAGGCAAUUAUAUGGUAUGAUCAGUGUUUGAUCCGCUAUUCUAAUGUAUCUUUCGCCUCCACGUUAGACCGCUCGGUUUCUUUGCUCAUGUAUAACACACAAAACGUUUCACGGCCGGAACAAUUUAAGGGGAAUUUGAGUGCAAUGUUUGAUAAUCUUACGACUCAAGCUACUUCCGUCAAUCCCAAUCAGAAAUAUGCUGCAAAUUCUGAUGAAAUUAGCCUGUUUCAACAGUUGUAUGGCAUGGUGCAGUGUCUACCUGAUUUGUCAGCUGUAGAUUGUCGCACUUGCCUGAAUACUGCUCUUUCUGUAAUGAGUAACCAACUAUUUGACGCCAAAGUACCAAGAGGAGGCAGAGCUCUGUCUGCAAGCUGCAAUUUAAGGUAUGAGCUAUAUCCAUUCUUAAGUCCCGGUGGACGGGGACUGGAAGCACCACCACCAUCAACCAGCCAGGUGAACGAAGACAAAGGCAGAACUACUUCAAAGACAAAGCUUAUUAGUACCAUCAUAGGUAUUAUAGCGCUGUUGGCUGUUUUACUAGCAGGAUCUAGCUUUUACCUUGUGAAAAGAAGAAAACGAGUAGCGAAAGAGGCGGAUGAAAGUAGUCAAGAAACUCAAUUUCUUAACACGGUAGUAGAAGCACUUGGUGAAGACUUUUCAAAUGAUGAUUUUCACUCAGAAAAUCAGUCGAGGUCCCAAGAGUUUCCAGUGGUAAAAUUAGACCUCAUUCGUGCAGCUACAGAAAAUUUUUCUGAAGAAAACAAGCUCGGAGAAGGUGGAUUUGGUUCAGUGUAUAAGGGUACACUAGCAAAUGGCAUAGCAAUUGCAAUCAAGAGGCUCUCUAGAACAUCUGGCCAAGGACUGAAAGAGUUCAAGAAUGAAGCUGUCUUAAUUGCCAGAUUACAGCACAGAAAUCUCGUGAGGCUCUUGGGUUGCUGCUUAGAGGGAAAUGAAGCAUUGCUUAUCUAUGAGUUCAUGCCCAACAAAAGCUUGGACUUCUUCCUCUUCGGUUUGACCUGUUCAAGAAAAAAUGAGAAUCUGAAUUGGAGACAACGUCUCCACAUCAUUAAGGGAAUAGCCAGGGGCAUUCUGUAUCUUCACGAGGAUUCUCGACUAAGAAUCAUUCAUAGGGACCUAAAAGCUAGCAAUGUUUUACUGGAUAAAGAUAUGAACCCCAAGAUAUCUGACUUUGGAAUGGCAAAGAUGUUUAGCGGAAAUCAACGUGAAGCCAAUACAAAUAGAGUUGUUGGAACCUAUGGAUAUAUGGCCCCAGAGUACGCUAUGGAGGGACUCUUUUCUACUAAAUCAGAUGUUUUCAGCUUUGGUGUUCUGGUGCUUGAGAUAGUAAGUGGAAGGAAGAACACUGGCUAUCUUUCUGAACAUGGUCAGACCCUCCUUAAUUUUGCGUGGAAAUUGUGGCGUGAAGGGCAUGGAUUAGAAUUUAUGGACCCUUGCUUACUGCAGUCCUUUGUGGCAGCUGAGAUAACAAAAUGCAUCCAUAUCGGACUACUUUGCGUUGAGCAAGAUCCAGCAGAUAGACCUACCAUGUCCUCUAUAGUAUAUAUGCUGGAAAACGACCCUCAAACGCUUCCACAACCAUCACAGCCUACAUUUUCUACUGGGCGAAUUGUCUCGAGAUCAGUUGAGCCUCAAUCCAAUGAUCAAUUGUGUUCGGUUAACGAGGUCACUUUAUCAACUCUGUCACCCCGAUGAUAGAGUUAAUUUCUUUAACUGGUCACUCAGGUUUGUUAAGGAGCGUGGAUGACUUGGCAUUCCACCUAUGCUAGUACUUAACUAAUGCAGUAGCCAAUUAGUUAGUUAGUUAGACCAUUGAUUAUGUGAUCAGUAGGCCUUGUAUAUAAACACUGUUACAUUCAUUUCUAAUACACACUUGAAGAUAUUUUCUUUCCUGCA